AACAUCGAUCGAUGUUUUUCAGACAGGUUUAGUCUAUUUUUCUGUACUCUGUGUAGUGUAGUGUUUAUUUCUUCUUUUGUUGUUCAUACUACUAUCCGAAAAUUGAUUUCGAUAAAAGCAAUAUAAUUAUCGCAUUAUCGAUAGUCAACUUUUUAUGUGAAAUAUCCGAAUUUUGGAGGCAAAUUUCAAGUACUAAUAAAUUAUGAAUCGGAGUAAUAAAAUAUCAAUUGAAUUAAACCCAUUUUUGCAAUCGACCUCACAAAAUCUCUCCGGGACAUCAAACAAUGGCAAAAAAAAAAAAAGUAAACGUCCUUAUACUAAAAUAGUGCCGGACCGUUCAAACAUUGAAACUGUCAGUUACCAAAAAUUAGUUGUACCGAAGCGUAUGCAUAGUCCUUACUGGAAGUAUUUUGGUUUUCCUGCCUCAGACAAUGGCAGUAUACUCACACAAGAUCGAAUUAUAUGUAUACUUUGUAAAAAGCAAUUUGCUUACAAAAGUAAUACUACCAACCUGAGAGUACACUUGCAAAGCAGACAUAAGACUGAAUUAAUGGUACUAGAAAUGGGGUCAUCUAAAGAUGGAAGUCCAAAAAAAAGACAUGGAAAAAAUGAACUAAUGUUAUUAGCUACAUCUGAAGGCCAAGUGGAUGUUAAUAGGUCUAGUUGUAGGAUAAAACAACAGGAUGUGUAUAUACAAGGAGAAAUUAAUGAACAGUUUGUUGGGGAAAAUGUUAAUAAUAUCCAAGAACAAACGCCUCAGAUGUCAGUUAUUUUUCAAGAGAUUGAUAAUUCACCAAAUGAUGUGAUCAAUAAAGUUGUAUCGGAUGCAAUUACUGAUUUUGUUAUAGCUGAUCUUCAUUUACCAGAUAUUGUAGAAGGCAAAGGCUUUCAACGCCUUAUUGCUACAUUGAGGUCCCCGUGUGAAAUUCCAGGAAAAUAUAAAUUAGAACAGUACAUAAUACCAAGAAUUUAUGAAACUACCAGAUCUGCUGUUCUCAAUAGUAUUGCAAACAGUUGCAGCACUUUUGCUUUAGGUAUAGAAGAGUGGAAAUGUUCUAGCUUAAAUGUUUAUAUUACAAUAAGUGUAUUUUUCCAACAGUUGGAUAAAGAAGGUUUGUGUAUUAAACAACUAGCCACAAUUUUAUGUAACCCUAACAGAACUGCUAAUGAAUGGUGUGGAAUUUUGGGUUCAUUGUUUGUUAAUUGGAGUAUUAAUAUUGAACAAGUAAAAACUGUCAUCAAAGCAUUUUCAAACGAUAAUUUAGAUGCAGCAUUACGAACUCAAGGUUUUGUUUUGAUACCAUGCCUAAUUUACGAAUUACAAAAUUUAUGUACAAAAAAUUGCUUUGAAACUGAAGAAGUAUUAAAUGUUUUAACAAAAUGUAGAACAGUUUCUGCUAAAUUACAUCACCAUAAUGCUUUAACAUCUGUCACGGUUCAGGAUAAUGUUGUUCAAGUAUAUAAUUCAUUUCUUAGUCGAGAGUACCCACAAAUUUGGACUACAACAUAUCACUAUUUAGAACGUUUUGUUCAACGAAAAGAAACCAUUAAAACUCUAUGCAAUACAUUGGAUAUCGGAUUUUUUCCCCAUGAGUUGUUAACUGAUAAAGAUUGGUCUGUUAUUGAAGAUGUUGUUACAACUCUUGAGCCUUUAAAAGUCACUGUUACUACUCUUAGUGAAGAAAAGAUACCAUUGAUAUCAUUGUUAAAACCUUUGAUUAAUCAACUAACCAGCUAUCAUUUGAAAGUUAAACCCGGGGAUUCAAAUCUGGCUGCUAGUUUAAAGAAUACAUUUGCCAAUGAACUUCACUGGAAGUACAAUAAUAUUGAUGUACAAACAUUUUUACACAUAGCAACAUUAUUAGAUCCAAGAUUCAAAGAUUUUCCUAUGACUGAAGGUGAAGAACAUCUUCCAACAAUUAAACAGGAACUUGUAAAAAUGGUGGAAAUUGAAGGUUCUGUUACUUAUGAUACUAAAUCGAAUAUAACAGAAAUUGACACAAAUGUAUCUAAAAAACCUAGAAUAUCAGGUAUUGGAUUUUUACUUGGAAGUGUUGCCAAUGUAAAAAGUUCUCCCGUUAUUAAUAAACAUAAUAUGUCACUUGAAGAUCGACUUAAUUUAGAAAUUGCUCAGUAUGAAUCUGAACCAACUCCUUGUCUCGAAGAGUGUCCACUUAUGUGGUGGUCAAGAAUGUCAUCAAAAUGUCAUAAUCUAAUAAGACUAGCAAGAAAACAUUUUGUAUAUGCUCUUAGUGGAUCAUCAAGUAAAUUACCACUUGAGUUACAAACACUGUAUUAUAUAAAAAGAUCCCAAAUAAAUCAAGAACUAGUAGAUAAAAUGAUGUUUAUUAAUGCAAACACAGUAGAAAAUAAUUAAUCAUAAAAAAUGAAUUUACUGACUAACAUAAUUUACAUUAAAAAGUAAAUAAUGUAUAUCAAUUUAAUUUUAAAAAAUGUAUUGUAUAAUAAAAUUAUUCUACAUUAGUAAUAGUUACAACUACAUUUCAUUCAGCAUUGACUAUUUCUAUUUUUAAGUUGC